AUGGCUUUCCUUACAGGGCACCCUCAGCGGUCCUCAACAGCCCGCCCCGCAGUCACCUACCGGCACCUGCUCUCCUCCUCCGCGCUUACCGUGCACAACCCCCUGCGCACCAUCGCCCACUGCGACAUUGACGCCGCCUACGCGCAAUUCGAGCAGGUCCGCCUCGGUCUCCCGGACGAUAUCCCCCUCAUUUGCGCACAAUGGCAGUCCAUCAUCGCUGUCAACUACCCGGCGAGGAAGUUUGGGAUCAAGCGCUUCAACACGAUCGAUGAGGCCAAGAAGAUGUGCCCACAUUUGACGGUCCAGCACGUUGCAACGUAUCGCGAUGGGGAGGCCGAGGCGGGGUACUGGGGCGAGGUGGACUCGAGGACGCAUAAAGUCAGCUUGGACCCUUAUAGGCGGGAGAGCUUGAAGAUACUGGCAAUCUUUAAAGAGAUGAUUUCCAAGGGAGAGAUAGAGAAAGCGUCUAUUGACGAGGCGUUCCUGGACCUCACUCCCAUGGUCAUCGACAAGCUACUGCUACUUCAUCCUCAAUUAGCAAAUGUGCCGGACGACGCACCAGAUGGACUGGACUCGUCUAUACCUUCCCCUCCGCCCAUAGACUGGACAACAGCCGGAAACGUCGUUCCGAUCAACGGUGAGCAGGCGGAGAAGGAAGUUGGAGAAGACGUCGAUAAGACUUCAGCGGAGCCUCCAGACACAUGGGAGGACUGGGCGCUGUUCGUUGGAGCAGAGAUCAUGGGAGAGCUCCGAGCAGAGGUCUACAAGCAGCUUCACUAUACCUGCUCGGCGGGGAUUGCGCACAACAAGGCCAUAGCCAAGCUAUGCUCCGCUUGGAAGAAGCCCAACGCUCAGACUGUCCUUCGAGCUGCAGCUACUCCAGCUUUCCUUCGGGAUAUGGAGUUCACCGAUAUCCGCAUGCUUGGUGGAAAGCUGGGUACCUCCAUCGCGACCGAGUUUGGCGUCAAGACUGUGGGGGAUUUGCUCACUGUUCCGUUGGAGGAGCUACAAAAGCGGUUUGGGGAAGAGUCAAUCUGGGUGUAUAAUAUCGCUCGAGGUAUAGACCUCUCUGAAGUCACAGCUCGAGUCGCUACCAAGUCCAUGCUCGCCUCCAAAAACACCCGGCCGGCCGUCACGACUCCCGAGCAAGGCCUACACUGGAUCAAGAUUCUCGCUGGCGAGCUUUGCGUCCGCCUGCGCGAGGCCAGGGAGGUCACACCGGGUAUAUGGCCCAAGACAAUCGCCCUGGGAUAUCGGACGGGGAUCGAGUCGGUCAAGCAUCGCCAGAUUCCGUUCCCAUUCUCUCGGAAUCUCAAUACCGAGUAUAUUGUCAAAUUCGCGAAGAGGCUGUGGGAUGAGGUGUGUCAGCCCAUGGCGAGGGGAGGGAUGAAGCUGAACAACAUGUCAUUGACAUUUUCCGGUCUAGAGCGGAUGGAGGGAGGGCAAAAAGGGAUCGAGGGGUUCUUUGCUGCUGCUCCGCCUCCUACCACCUCGGAGACGCCUUCUGCUAGUAUCGCCCCUUCCAUGCCCACCUCGUCCAAAGCCGCCGUAAUCAAGCACUCCCGGUCCCGAUCGCCUAUACCCACCUCCGAGACCGCUCCACCCCCGCCGAAGCGCCGACUCCCCACUCUCCACACCGGCAAGCCCAAGAACCCCCUCCACGGCUUUCUGGUCAAGAAUGGCGAAUCGUCCAAGCCGGCAGCUUCCCUUCCCAUUUCGCAGGCUACCGACGUCAUAUCCCUUCUCGACGAUGAGGACGAGCACGAACCGUCAUCCGCAUCGGGACCCCGAGCAGCGGUCGAAGACGACGGGACGAGCUGGACCUGUCCCCGCUGUUCGACCAGCCUGUCGGUCAAAGCUGGAUCAGGGCAAAAGGCGCAAUUGGCGGAGAAGAAGCAGGAGCACGAAGAUUACCACUUUGCGCUGGACCUGCAGGAGGGAAAGAGCCCAGCAAAAGCUCGGCCGCCUGCCAAACCUGGUGCAGCCAAGGCGGUAAAGAAGGUGAAGAAGCCAGAAGGGAUCAAGGCGUUCUUUGCUCCAAAGCCAGGUGGGAAGGGGGCAUAG